GUCACCUAAAAGAGUAUCUGAAACCGACCAACUUUCUUUGUAUUAUAACCUAUAACUUUAAUCCUGGAUUUAUCCAUUUAAGAAAUAUUCUAUUUUCUGUAUAGAAUUACCUUACCAGUGUUCUAUUCUAAAGCCUUUAAAGAAAAAUGGCUCUACGUAAUACCAUGAUGAACUUCUCUUCGAGGGCUAUUCACACAUCUGCCAUUUGUAAUCAAAUAAUUAAAUUAACGCGCCUGAGAGUUGUUGAUAAUAGCGAUAUUGGCAAGCAGGCUAUGGUUGAAGGAAAACCACCAAAGUGUAUUCAUAUUUAUAACAAAAUUGGAGUUGGAUACAUCGGUGAUAAGGUGUUGGUGGCCAUAAAAGGUGAGAAGAAAAAAGGUAUUUUAGUUGGGCUUAAGCAAAACCAGAAGACGAAAGUCCCAAAGUUUGACAGUAAUAACAUUGUCCUUAUCGAUGACAGUGGAACACCACUUGGUACUCGUAUACAUGUACCAAUUCCUCAUAUCCUUAGAACGAUACUAAAGAACAAAACACAUGCAAAAGGUGCAGACUAUACUAAGCUUAUUGCAAUCGCAACAAGAUUUGUAUAAGCACAAAUAGCGCGCAUCUAAUAAUUUGUAGAUACAAUGUAAUAUAAGAUUCCAUCGAAUAAAAUGUUCAAUAUAAAAUUAAUAUUUAAGUGCAAUAACUCAAUUAGAACAAUAUUUCCGAAUAUUCUAAGUAUUCGUUUAUUUGGAAUUAAAAAACAAUUUAAUAAACUUCGAAGAAUUUCGGAAAACAUGAAA